AUGAGAUUAUUAUUAUCAAUUUUAUUUAUUAUUAUUUCAUUCAAUGCUAUUGCAUUUGGCCAAAACAUUUUAUCUGUAUCGCAAACUGCCAAAAAUUCAUGGACAGAUGACCAAGGAACCUACACUGUUUGGGAUGUUGUUUUAAAAAAUAAUUGUGAUCAAACAAUCUACGGGGCUACACUUGUGGCCGAAAAGAACUCACUUGGUCUUCGUCGUGAUCAAGAUAUUUGGGAACUUGAUCAUCAAUAUGAUAAUGUCUAUUCUCUUCCAAGUGCUGUUGGUGAUUAUGGUAUCAAAGUUAGAGAAUCUCAUUCUUUUGGAUAUAUUAAUAAAGGAACAAAACCAGCAAUUUUUAAUAUUGCUGAUAUUGCCUUUACUUCAAAAUCAAAAGGAUAUUAA